AUGUUGACCCUCAUACUCAGCCGAUCUUACUUGACAAGUCUCUCCGGAGCAUCACAAUCCACGCCAAUCCAUCUGUCCUUCUCCUCCCACUCAGCUGUCUCAUCCGCGAUGCCCUAUGACCGCAAUCUGACCGCAUUUCUUAGAUCUUGA